CUCAGGGAUUUGGAACCAAUUGAAUUGGCCGCACUGCUCCCUGAGGUUUCAACUGAGUGGGUGAGCUGUACUACGGAAACAUUACGACGAUUGGGAAUCCUAGAGGAUACGUCAAAUAUCUACGGCUCAUCACCAACAAUCAAGAAGUGCGAGCCGCAGGAGCAACCAAGUCUUCUUGACACCCCAAUUCCUCGUCAAGUCCAAAUGUCCACAGAGGCUUCUCCACGCCAUCGUGUUUUUCCGCAUGAUCCGCACUGUUUGAACAGGGGAUCACAAACUCAUCCCUCUCAGUCGUUGCGGCCACCGCUUCCACCACGAUCUAACCAAUCAUUUCCAAGUCGACCGCAUACGGUUUCCACGGACGAGGAACCUCCUAUUGAGGAGACUACCUAUGAUGUUCUGUCAAGCCAUGCACGAGUUAGUUGCGAUAAUGACAAAGACGGUGACUGGUAUGACAGCCCGCGGCGGGUCUACGAUAUUCUGAGUCCUGGCGCGUCAUCCUCGAACAUUUCCUCAUCACCACUCGAAUCGACCCUCUCUACAACUUCCCUAUGCAGUAGUCUAUCAAGUGAGUUACGACUGUCGUCCUCGAAUCCGCCCUGUGAGAUCUCCAGCAACGAUUACGAUUGUUUACGAUCUGGUCAGGAUGACCUACCUACACGAUCCGUAGCAUUGAAUCUCUCCGUACUGGUCGAGCAAGUUCUAUUCGUUGAAGUUGCCGGAAGAGUCUGGGUAGCCGGCUGGUCCGAAGCUAAUGAUCGCCAAUUAGGCCAGCUAUUCAGUUUCGGUGACGAGCUUAUUGAGGUGGAGAAUAUUCCGAUACAAGGAUUUUCAAGUAUCCCUCAGUUGUUCUACAGCUUAUCGACACCUGGUACACCAGUGAAUCUCGUGUUGAGGUCAACUCCGUUUGGGCUCACCUUCCGCCUUAUGAAGCCGAUCACGAAGAAUAAGGAGAUUGGCAUUCGUCUGCACAAGAACAAGAAUCGGAUUGCCAACAUACUUCCCGACUCAUCGGCUGAUCGGCGGAACAUACCUAUAUCGAUGUCAUCACCAUUACGACCCGGCGUUGAGACUGCUGCGGUAAUCACCGAAGUGAACAAGCGUCGACUGAAUCCUUUCUCAAAAAACAGCCAGCUUUUCAAGCGACUUGACGAGAUCCGCGACGGUAGCGAAUUCACCAUCGUGUUGCAUCCGCACGAUUUUGUCAAACAAGUGAAACAAAAAAUUGUAGCCGUUCAUCAUUACAAGACAUUUCUAUGUCAGCAAUGA